GUUCUCUCCAAGAUGGCGGACGGUUGGACGCUAACGACUGAUGAUUUUUGGAUGAUGGCAGGAUUUCACAGAUUCGUAAAUUGAUAAAAGACUUCUGAGUGGUAUGUCAGUGUUUGUAAGGAACUUCCAGCAACGUGUAUUAUUCAGUGAGGCAUUGUUAGAGAGAGAUGCGAGAGUUCUUGUUCAGUUACUAAAGGCAGACAGAUUCGACGUGAGCAUUGUUUGUGCGGGAGGAAAGAGGAUUAAAAGCCUUAACUUGAAAUACCGGCGAAGAAAUGUUCAGACAGAUGUAUUGGCCUUUCCAUACUUUGAGAACAUGAAACCAGGAGUUUUGCCAAAUCCUAAAUUACAAGACGAUUGGAAUCUUGGUGAUGUAAUACUUGGUAUGCCAGUCAUUCAUCAGGACUGCCAAGAAGAUAAUAAAAGUGUCCAGGAAUAUCUCCCAGUUCUUAUUACUCAUGGCUUAUGCCACCUCCUUGGCUACACUCAUGACACAGAACAGAACCUCCAACAGAUGCACAAGAAAGAAAAAGAAGUGUUGUCUGGAUUCAAUCAAGUCACAGGAUACAACACCAAACCACUUUUACCUGCCAUUACGCCUUCUGAUAGGAAUGAAGAAAAAAAGGUUAUAAACUUUUUGGAAUAUCAUCCACAAACUGCCAGUUGUUUUAAUUCAUCCGAUGCAAGAGUAGAAAAAACACUUCAGCGAUAUCUAAUUAAAGUUAAAAAUUCACCACUGAAAAACUAACUAUUCAAGCAGCAAGGAACAUAAUUUUUGUAUUAAUAAGCAUCUUAUCGAAGCUUCUUUUCAGUUUUUGUUCUUGUAAAUAGCUUGUAGUUUUUUUGUUGUUAUCUCUUAAUGGGAUCUGCAUUUAAACAAAAAACAAAUGAACAGUGUUGUCACUAGCAUCCUCCGCAGGUGUCUCAAGUGAUUUGGGAAAAAGGCUUUUUUCGAUUUCGGGCUUCCUGUGGUGUGUUCAAGAAAGAGUUGUGGCCUGGGUUAGUGGAAAGAGGAUUGUCCCCCUCCCCUCUUCCUGUCACCGGCUCUGGUUUAACUCGACACAGGAACCCCAAUUAAAAAAAAAAUACUGAAAAAAAUACUGAAAAAUUACAAAAAUAUUCGAGAUGCCUGCAGAGGAGGCUAGGUUGUCAGAAUCUUGUAAAUAUCCAGAAACAAUUAAGAUAACAUGGCUCAAACAUGGCAACUUUAUUUGACCUUAAGCCUGUACUUCAGCCUCCCUACAAUAGUAUGACAAUAAAACCUUGUUCUCUUGAAUGGUAAAAA